AGUGGUGGUCGCAGAGUAUAGCAGUCGGGCCAUACAGCCCGUACCAAACCAACGUACGCCUUCGCGCCGAGCGUAAAAAAAAAAGUUGCGAGCCCGCGCUUUUCAGUUCCCCGCGCUUUUUGACAGUGACAGUUGAUUUUUUUUUCAGUGCGCCCCGUUGUGAAAUGUGAUAGUGUUGUGAUCAUAUAUUUGAUACAUCUUCCACCUGACUGUGAGGUAAAUACCGAGAAAGCUGUGAUAAGUUCAUUUAUCUACUAAAUAAUAUAUAAGGUCCCGAAUGUGCAUCUGCCGAAAGUAUGGGGCACAAGCAAUACAGAGCGGUGGGGCAAAGUGCCCGCAACCGUCUAUUCGGUUUGAACCCACGGAUAUCCGGUGACGAGAAGACUGUGCCACUGAGCAUGCUUAUAUCGCAACAGGGCAAGUUGAAUCAUGGGCGCCUAGCAGUUAUCACCUUCAGUAUAUGCACAGUCGUUUUAGGUGUGGUUCUUUCUUUUGUGCCAUGGCUUGAUUAUAUUAUAUUUAGGGAACUUAGGCUAUGGAACGGUUCCGUCAGUUACAGCUAUUGGCAGAGGCCAGGCGUGAUCCGGCUCACGAAAGUGUAUAUUUUUAAUGUAACAAACCCGCAGGGGUUUUUGGAAAAUGGCGAAAAACCGAAACUUAAUGAAGUCGGCCCGUUUGUGUAUCGGGAAGACAUGGAAAAGGUGAACGUAAAGUUUCACGACAACGACACAGUGACGUUCCAACACAAUAAGAUAUUGAGAUUCGUUCCCGAGCUAUCUGUUGAUAAAUCGCAGAAACUGGUCGUACCGAAUAUACCGCUUUUGACUGUGACGUCAUUUUCUCCAAACAUGGCAGGCUUUGUUUUCAAUCUCUUGGUCUCCGGCCUUACACUAACUUACAGGGAACGAGCCAAACCAUUCGUACAUGUUACAGCCGAAGAACUUGUUUUUGGAUAUAACGACCCUCUAGUGACUCUGGCUCACUAUUUCUACCCGAAGGGCAAACGUCCGAACAGUCAAAUGGGGUUAUUGUUAGCGAGAAACGGUACAUUAUCCGAAGUGUCUACGAUAUAUUCAGGACAAGAUAUGACCAAAUUUGGGUAUUUGGAUAAAAUAAAUGGACUGGACCACCUCCCGCAUUGGAAGGAUAAGCCUUGUAAUGAUAUCAGGGCAUCAGAAGGUUCCUUCUUCCCUCCAAGGUCCAUCACAAAAGCAGAUAUAGUUUAUAUUUACGACAAGGAUCUUUGCAGAAUACUACCGAUGAAAUAUAGAAAGGAUGUCUAUAAAAAUGGUAUCCAAGUAGGUCUAUACACACCACCAGAAUCAACGUUAGAAAAUGCAGAAGUGAAUCCGGAAAACAAAUGCUUUUGUGAAUCAGAGAAAUGUCCUCCCAGAGGCUUGCAGAAUAUCAGCCCUUGUCAAUAUAAUGCUCCAGUAUAUCUUUCAUACCCACACUUCUACGACGCCGAUCCAUCUCUACUCAAAGAUUUCGAAGGCUUGAAACCCGAAAAGGAAAAACAUGAAUCAUAUUUUUUGAUACAACCGAAAAUUGGAGUACCCUUAGAAGGUCAAAUCCGAGUUCAAUUGAAUUUGAAAGUAGAUCGCGCAGCAAAUAUUCGAGUUAACAAUAUUCACAAAUUCCCUGAUAUGGUGUUUCCUGUUAUGUGGCUUCAAGAGGGAAUAGAAGAAGUAACCACACCAAUAUGGCGGCUCAUAUUCCUCGCCACAGCCUUCGGUCCAAUCGCAGCUCCCAUAAUAUCUUACUCAAUAAUAAUAACCGGCAUUGUUGCAAUAAUCUACAUUUUUAUUAAAGCCUACAAAAACUUAGUUCUCGGCCAAAAUUCCAUAGAAAUAGUCGAACUAGGCAGAGAAACUAUAAGACGAGGUUCUACACUAAUAAUUGCUGGUUCUCAUAAACUGCUCAACCAUAAAGAAACGUCAUACCAACCGCUGAGCAAAGAUAACUCAAAUUCGAGUAGCAGAGAGGAUAAAUUGCAAGAAUUGAAUUUCAUAGAUAAAUCGGAAAAUAUAAGUCGCAGUUUAGAUGAACUAAAAAGCAUUCUAAACAGAGAUUUCGUUAAAACAGACUUUACAGAAGUAGAAAGAGAAUCUCUUAUACAUUCGGAUAAUGCGUUUAUAUUAUCUGAAAGGAGGAGAUACAGUGUGUUUAAAUUACCGGAAAGUUAUGUGUAAUAUUUUAUAGGUACCGUUUUUACUGAGACAAUGCUCGCUGACAUUAUCUAUAUGAAAGAGCCAAUUAAAAUUAAUAAUAAUUUAACAAAAGCUGCUAUUUCACACAUUUUUGAAGAUUCAUCAUCAUCAUCAUCAUGAUGAUGUUGCUAAUAUUUCAAAUACUCUUGCUCAUCUAAGCAAUUCCUAUUAAAUAUUCCUGCAGAUAGAUAAAAAAGAGCGUGUGUGCCGAGCACACGUGUCAGAAGUGAAACUUCUUUGGCAAGAUUUAAUCCUGCUCAUUUAUGCAAUUUCUAUUAAAUAUUCUUGCAAAUAGAUAAAAAGAGCGUGU